GAGAGCACGGGAUCAGCCCCCCAAACAUACACACCCUUUCACACAAAUGGAAUACUACUGCAUCCUGCUGCUGUGGACCUGUGCCCUCCUGCCAGGCCUUCGGCACUGCUUCAAUUUCGACACAAAGAAGUACAAGAUCAUUGAAGGCUCCAAGGAGGCCCAGUUUGGGUACACAGUGCAGCAGCAUGAGGCAGGAGGACAGAAGUGGCUACUCGUUGGAGCUCCCUUUGAAACCAGUGGCCAAUACCAGACAGGCGAUAUAUACAAAUGCCCGAUGGACACCAGUGCCAACACCAACUGCACUAGACUCAACCUAGGAAAGGUAUCCCUGAACAAUGUGUCAGAGCGCAAGGAUAAGAUGAGGCUGGGCAUGACACUGACCUCCAACCCUAAGGACAACAGCUUUGUGACAUGUGGUCCUCUGUGGUCGUACGAAUGUGGGAGCUCCUACUACAGCACAGGCAUCUGCUCCAGGGUUAACGAAAGCUUCAAGUUCUCCAAAACCAUCUCGCCGGCCUUCCAGAGGUGCGAGACCUACAUGGACAUAAUGAUUGUUCUGGACGGGUCCAACUCCAUCUACCCCUGGUACGAGGUGCGGGACUUCCUCAUCAACAUUCUGCAGAAGUUCUACAUUGGGCCAGGUCAGAUCCAGGUAGGAGUGGUGCAGUAUGGGUCGAGGGUGGUCCAUGAGUUCACCCUGAAUGACUUUCGCUCCGUGGAGGAGGUGGUAGAAGCAGCCAAGACCAUCAACCAACGAGGAGGGGAGGAGACACGCACAGCCCUGGGCAUCAAUGUGGCACGGACGGAGGGAUUUAAACGGGGAGGUCGGAAAGGGGCUAAAAAAGUGAUGCUCGUGAUCACGGACGGUGAAUCCCACGACAGCCCUGACCUGCAGAAGGCCAUGGAGGACAGCAAGGCGGACAACAUCACCACGUAUGCCAUCGCUGUAUUGGGCUACUACAAUCGGCGUGGGAUAAACCCAGAGGCCUUCUUGAAAGAGAUCAAGUAUAUCGCCAGUGAUCCUGACGACAAACACUUCUUCAACGUGACUGAUGAGUCGGCGCUAAAGGACAUAGUGGACGCCCUGGGAGAGAGGAUCUUCAGUCUAGAGGGAAUGAACCCCAACGGGACAGGGUUCGGUCUGCAGAUGUCUCAGGCAGGCUUCUCAUCACACAUAGUGGAGGAUGGCAUAUUGGUGGGGGCCGUGGGGGCCUACGAUUGGAACGGGGCUGUUCUGAAAGAGACACGUCAUGGGAAGGUAGUCCCACCCAAGUCCUCCUAUCUGGAAGAGUUCCCAGAAGAACUGAAGAACCAUGGGGCCUACUUGGGUUACACAGUAAACUCAGUGGUGUCGGCCAAAGGCAGGCAGCUCUAUGUUGCUGGAGCCCCCCGCUUCAACCACACUGGCAAAGUCAUCAUCUUUACCCUGAGAAACAAUGGCAACCUCACCAUCCUACACUCACUCAAGGGCCAGCAGAUUGGGUCAUACUACGGGAGUGAGCUAGCUCCUCUGGACAUCGAUGGGGACGGUGUGACGGACUUCCUCCUGGUGGCAGCACCCAUGUUCUUCAGUAAGGGCUGGGAGAGGGGCAAGGUCUACAUCUACAGGGUGACUCAGCAGAGCCAUUUCAUUUUGGAAGGGACCCUUGAAGUCCCCGACCAGUCCCAGAACUCUCGUUUUGGCGGAGCGAUGGCCCCCAUCCCUGAUAUGAAUGGUGACUCGUACAGUGAGGUUGUGGUGGGAGCUCCUCUAGAGGACGACCACCAGGGGGCCAUCUACCUGUUCUACGGCCAGCUCAGUGGCAUACAACACAAAUACAGACAGAGAAUUGGAGCAGCAUGCUUCUCUGCUGGUCUGCAGUAUUUUGGCCGUAGUGUUCAUGGGGUGAUGGAUGUCAAUGAAGACGGGUUGGUGGACUUGGCUGUGGGCGCGUUGGGUGCAGCAGUACUGAUCUGGUCUCGCAGUGUGGUGCGCAUCCAAGCCAAAGCCACUUUUGAACCUGAAAAAAUCAACACCUUCAACAAGGACUGCCGCAGGGGAGGCAAGGACGUCACCUGCAUGUCUGCCAUCGUGUGUCUCAGUCUGGAUGCCAGGACUCAGAUGCAGAGCCAUGGAGUGGGUAUGUGGUACAGCGUGCUGCUUGACGAAAGGAGGCACCCUCCCAGAGCAUCGCUGGACGACAACGACAGACAGCAGCUGACAAGGAAUCUGACACUACAACGCGGGGAGGAGUCCUGUGAACAUGUCCACUUCUACGUACAGGAAACUGCAGACUACGGCCAUCCCGUAGUGUUUGUGGUGAAGGCAGGUCUGCAGAGUCCAGACGAAGGCCCGGUGCUGGACCACGGCUGGCCCACUACCUUUAGGACUGAGAUCCCCUUCUGGAAUGGCUGCGAGGGGGAUGACAGCUGUGUCCCUGACCUCAUCCUGCACAGUCACACAGACCUUCUAGACCGCAGGCAGUUCUGUGGGCCAAGGGAGCGGGAUGCAUGGGCGCUGUGUCACCACCAGGGGGCCUCGGUGAGCUCGGAGCGAGUGGUGGAGGCGUCACGCAGGAGGCUGGUGGUGGAAGCUCGCCUGGAGAACCGAGGAGAGAACGCCUAUGGCACCACGCUCAACAUCUCCCACUCCCACAACCUGCUCUUCUCCAGUCUCAUAGUCAAGGACCACUCAGACAUCCAGAUUGAAUGUCGUGCUGAGGACAGGGAGAGGAACGAGAGGACCUGCAAUGUCAGCUCACCCUUUAUGAGGUCACUGACCCAGGUGUCUUUCCGGCUGGAGUUUGAGUUGAGUCACUCUGUCUUCCUGGACCAUGUGAGCGUUGUCCUGGAGGCUGCCAGCGACGGGGAGGAGAUGAGCCCAGAGGACAACAUCAACAACAUAUUUCAUCCUCUGAAGUAUGAGGCAGACCUCCUGUUCACAAGGGACUCCACGCCUCCUCGUUUUGAGAUCAACUCAGACCCCUACCGGAACAAACCCGGCAGCAGUGGUCCAACGUUUAACCUUACUUACCACAUCCAGAAUCUGGGCUUCUUCCCAGUGACAGACUUGCAGUUCACUGUUGACGUGUUUGCUGUUACAAAGAGUGGUAACCAUCUCUUCCAGAUUGCCAAUAUCGACAUUGACCAGACGGUUAGCUCUAACUGUGUCCUCCCACAUCACAUGACUCCAAGCCAUGUUUUCCCUGAAGAUCUCUCACACGUCCCACAGUUGAAUCACUCCAACAGCAUGACGUUGCCAAUGCAGUGCAGACUCACCCUGCCUGCAUACAGGGAGGUCAAAGUGACAGUCAGGGGGCGGCUGCACCUCCAAGCUCUCCUCGCUGUGAGGUUUAAAACUCUGGAGUUGGUGACAGCAGCCUCCAUUGAACUGAGUCCGUCCAGUCCCAUGUUUCUGCAUGAGGAGAGGCCAACACGACACAUAAUCCUGGAGAUGAGAAAGGAGGAAGAUUACAAAAUUCCCAUCUGGAUUAUAGUGGGGAGCACGCUGGGCGGUCUGCUGCUGCUAGCCCUGCUUAUCCUGGCUCUAUGGAAGCUGGGCUUCUUCAACAGGCAGAAACAGCGGGAGGAAGAGGAGGAGCAAGUAGCCAACGGGAAGAUGCCAGAGGAGCGGUAACCAUGGCAACAGUGCAGACCCGCAUCAGCCCCAUCACUCAGGGACCCCCAGCACACCCCAGACAAGACUGUGGGCGUGAGCUCGGUGUCCGUAUUCCUCUUGGCUGAACAGCACCCGUCUUGCACUGCCGAGCCCUCUUACUCGCCGGCUUAGAACCGACAGACGCUCCCGGCCCACCUGUGUGUCUCGUAAGACUGAGGCACUUUAGCAGACUGACACCAUCUGGACAAAACUCACAGAGGUCCUGGUUAUCAGUCAGUCUUUAAGACCUAUCAUAAUCACAAAGCCAAAUGACAAUCCAUCUUUCACCAGACCAAGGACCACAGAAUAUUUUUCUAAGAAAGUGUGUGGUUUUCAGUGUGUGUGUGUCUGAGUAUAAUAGAGUGAAUGGAAUAAUCCAUCAGCAACAUACAGCACAAGCUCAAAGAAAACCAGGCAGCCUGUUCAGAACAUAAGAUUACCUAUAAUGGCUGAUGAUUUAUUGGCUUUUGCUAUGGUGUUUCUCAAAUAUGCAACAGCAACGACCUACUCAUUUAUUUCGGAAGAGGAAAUGUUGCAACUUAGAUAUUAUAUUAUAUUUGCAAAUGCCAUAUUCUAUAGCUGAUGCACUUUUGUUGUAUAACGAUAAACUUGAAUUUUGUACAUAUCCAACUGUGCCUUCACAACUGAAUUAAGUUGUCGAUGACUGUUAAAAAAAAAGGAGUGGCAUUACUAUAUAACUACAUAGUAUUAACUUAAUAAGGCUAUUGUGCAACAAUGUUGUCAGAUGUAUGUACACCAAUAUGAGGCUGCUUUGCACCGUUGCGUACAACCUGUGGAUUUAUAUAUGAACACAGAUGACAUGGGGUCCUAGACAGGAUCUCAAGGAAGAUGCAAUGAUGGCCAUGUAGAAAUCAUUAAAGCAUGCCAUGUGGUUUAUAAAGACUUCAUGAGUUUUCUGUUAACUGUAAUGAAAUAAGACAUUUCUGUCAUCUACCCUCCCUUGUCAAUACCAGUGCAACUAAAAAGACAGAAAAGGGCACCUUGACCUUGAUAUCCAUUAGAAAAGAUUGACCCGUUUUGGUCAGCUUCCACAUGCAAUGACAUGUGUGUGGUAUAUCAGUGGAAUCAUCGGUUUUAGAGAAGAUUUAAGCCCACAGUUGCUCGGACUCAAUCGAGAGGCCAUCUGGUAUGCGGGUCAUUGCAUGUGACUUUGAACAGAUUUUGGCACUAUCCACUCGGAUUUCAGACAGAAUUGCCACAUUACAUUUUCCCUCUGGAGAGGACCAAUGUCAAUACAUUUGAUUGUGUGCACACUUCUAAGCAGUUUUGGUGUCAUAUUAAAAGGGAGAUCCUACACCUCAAGAAAAAAAAAUUGGGGAUAAUUAUACCUAAAGAAAUAUUAAUUGAAUGCAAGUAGAAAAGGAAAGUAUAAGAAAUAUUAAUAUCAAGGCAAAAAUGUAUCACUUUACACAAAGAGUGAUAUAGAAAUCGUUUUAGUCCCACAACUUCUGACAGAAAAUGCUCCGACUUGGAUGGCUUUCUUUGAUCAAAUAAACUUGAAUCAAAUGAAAUCAAUUGUAUUAACUUUAAGGGGAAUGACAAAUCCAAUGAGCUAUUGGGAAACAGAGCUUUAAUAUGACACCAACUUUGUUUCUGCAGUAUCUUUCAUGUCUUCAAUGCACGAGUAUCUUUCCAAAAGACAUGUAAACUGCUGAAAAAAGAAACACUGGGUUAAACUGUCUUUGGGUUCAUUUGCAUCCAUUAGUCCAAUACUCACCCCAAAUACAAAAUAUUAAAAUAGAAAUAUCUGAUA